GCCAAAGCUCCAGCAAACACUCCACAGCAAGCGGCCAGGGGCUCAGCUGCGGGUCGCAAAAACUUGGGGAACUUCACCCAUUAUCCUGACACCCCAGACGCAUUGCCUGCCCCGAGAAAGGCUUGACUGCAGCGGCAAAAUGGCAUUCAACCUCACCUACUUCCAGGACCCCAUCGAUAAGGUCCUCGGCUAUUGGAACUCCGUCCCGCAGCAAGCCCAAUGGGGUCUGGCCGCCGUUGGCGCCCUCUACCUCGCGCGAGGAGCCCUCUCCUUUCUCCAACUCUUGUUGAACUGCUUCAUCCUUAGCGGCACCAAUCUCCGCAAGUAUGGCAAGAAGGGAACCUGGGCCGUCGUCACGGGCGCAUCGGACGGUCUAGGCAAGGAGUUCGCAUCGCAGCUGGCCGCCAAGGGCUUCAACCUGGUCCUCGUCUCCCGCACGCAAUCGAAACUCGACAAACUCGCCCGCGAGUUGACGCUGAGAUGGACUGGCUUUCAAGCUAAGACGCUUGCCAUGGACUACUCUCGGGACGACGAUGCCGACUACGAACGCCUCGCCGAGCUGAUCUCGGGCUUGGACGUGGGCAUUCUGAUCAACAAUGUCGGACAGUCCCACAGCAUCCCCGUGCCGUUCCUCGAGACGGCGCGCGACGAGCUUCAGAAUAUCGUCACCAUCAACUGCCUUGGCACGCUGAAGACGACGCAGGUCGUCGCGCCGAUCCUGGCGAAGCGCAAGAAGGGCCUCAUCUUGACCAUGGGCUCGUUCGCCGGCGUCAUGCCCACGCCGUACCUCGCCACCUACAGCGGCAGCAAGGCCUUCCUGCAGCACUGGAGCAGCGCGCUUGCGUCGGAGCUCAAGCCUCAAGGCGUCGAUGUCCACCUCGUCGUCAGCUACCUGGUCACGACUGCCAUGAGCAAGGUCCGCCGCACCAGCCUGCUCAUCCCAAACCCAGCGCAGUUUGUCCGCUCCGCCCUGGGGAAGGUCGGCCUUAGCAGCACCGAGAGCUUCGCCAACACGUACACGCCGUGGUGGAGCCACGCCAUCUUCAAGUGGGUGGUUGAGAACACCGUGGGCGUCGCGAGCGCCUUCACCAUCUGGUACAACAAGAGGAUGCACGUUGACAUCCGCAACCGGGCGCUGCGGAAGGCGGCGAGAGAGGCCAAGAAGCAGUGAGCUCGCAAUCAUGUGUUUGAGGGGCGGGGCCCAUUCAUGGUACGGCAAACGAAUGUAGCCCAUACUUUAGGGACCUGCGGUUUGUGGCAAACCGCAACCAGGACAAUAAGGUCGUUAAUUUUUGGUCGUUCGAGAAUAACUGCUUAGAGAAAAACUGAAAUUGUAUUGAUAAUGCGCCAUUCUUCCCUUGCCACAGAGAGCCCAUUCAAUGCCUCUCAUCACUGAGCAUCAAUCAUCAAUUCAUGCGCUCCCGUGAAUAGGAGCUCUGGGCAAAAGAAUA